GUUUAUUGAUUUUUUUCCUGAGUCAAACUGGAUAACAGCACAACAGUAACAGAAGUUUUUUCUGAGACUAUCGCUUGAUUUUUUUCAAAUAAGGAGAGUGUCUCAUCCAGUCAUCUUUAAGUAGCUAUAAUUUUGUCUAACAGCAGGAAAAACAGGAAAGGUGACAUAGUGGGAGAGAAACAUUUUAAGAGGGAUUCAAGCAGACACAGAGCAGGAGGACUUAACCACUUGACUAUCUCUGGGCACUUGAAAAUGAAUUCAGACUGCAUAAUGAUGGACUGUAUAUUUUUGCAACUCAACACACAAACUAAAAAUAAACUGGAAUAUACUCUUUCUAUUCUCUUCCUGUGAGUGCACAGAUUAUAAAUAUCAAUGAAGAAGUCAACUGACCAUCUUAACUGAUUAGCUAAUUGCUAUCAUUAUGAGCGUACUAGCUGUCUUAAUGGAGGGUGGUCACACCUGUAAUUAAUACAAUUUAAAGUCAUGAACAGAUGCAUCACUGCGUGAACAUGCUGCUCUGAUGCUUAACAUUAACAGGUCAUUAAAUUAAUUACUCAAUAUACUUUUAUUGUGAAUGAAUGGAGACUUUGAGGCAGCAAGUAAACAGCAGUGGCCUUGGCCAAAUGAAUAGGGCAGAUGAGGCUUUGAUUAAGGCCUUGGUGCCCAUCCUGGAUGGACUAAUUCUGGUGACUGGCUUGGUGGGUCAAACCCUGGUCAUUACCAUUCUUACUGGCAGGAGGAGGAAAGGAAGUCGACCCCCGCAUGGUACAGACACCCUGCUGCUGGCUCUGAGUGCUGCUGACCUGCUUCUGCUGCUCUGCCUGCCCUUCCACACCUCUGCCAUCACCCUGGGCUUCUGGCCUUUCGGCAGUUUCCUGUGCAAGGCCAUCAGCUUCCUGGGUGUGGCCUGCUCGGCUGCUUCAGUCUUUACCCUGGCAGCUUUGGCAGUGACACGUUACCUCACAGUGGUACACCCCACCUGGGUGUACCGUUCAAGAAUGCACCAACGUAUUAAGCUGACAGUAGCUCUACUCUGGGUCCCUGCCUCGGCCUUGGCAGCGCCGCAGUUUGCCUUCCGCACAGUUACCGGCUCCAGCUCAGUGUACUGCUUUGCCUUCCUGUCUGACUUCGGCCAGCUGGUCUACAGCAUUGCCCUCUUCCUGUGCGGCUUUGCUCUACCACUGGGCAUCAUUGUAGCGAUGUAUGCCAAGAUCUACUGUUUCCUUCGACAUACACAGCUGCUGAGGAACGCUCCCCAGCUGGAGCGCUACCAGAGCCAGGUGACUCACACUUCAGCUCUCCUGGUCCUGGUCUUCACUCUCCUCUGGCUACCCUCCUAUGCCCUCAUGUUCUCCUUCAUUGGAGGAACCAUAACAGGCUCGCAUGGCUUCAACACUAUUGCCAUCCUGGCCAGACUGUUAGCAUCUUCAGUAGCAGUGGUAAACCCUAUACUAUAUGGGUUUAUGUCUCAGAAGUUUAGACGAGACUUAAUAGAGCUGGGGAGAGAACGCUGGGCAUGUUGCAAAAGCUGUCUGAUUGGUUGCCCUGAUGUGAUGGGGAGGGAUGUGGUACAGCCCUUUGAGCUGGACUCAACCUCAGAAAGAGGCCAAAACUGACUCUUUGGCCAGAAAGAAAAUACUGCUACCUCAUUACUCACUUACUAUGCAUAUUUGUAUAUCACUGUAUGGAAAUAAAUGAAAAAUUACAUAUGCAAUACUCAAAGUGAUGUUAAAUGCAAUGAACUUCAAUCCAUUGUUGUCUAUUAAAUCAGAUAAACAACUCUUCAUGUGUGAACUAAAAACCUCAUUACCCAUUUUGCUACUUUAUACUAAGAGUAUGUCAAUUUGGACAGCAGAAUGUAGUAAAACUAAAAGUUGAUUUAUGAUAAUAUUGAUUGAUUAGCAAGUCUUAUCUGGAAGAUAUCAGCUGUAAAAUGUAAUUCUCCAUCAAAUAAAUUCUGUAGCCGGUGGAUGAAAAACUGAUGUGCAAAAACAAGCAAUCAUUUUCACAAUCUGUUCAAAACAACAUCAAGAACAUACACUAACCCCAUGCACUUUACUUGUUUUCCUGUCUUUCCUAUAAAAAAAUCCAUGUUUGGAAUACUGCUUGCUAAGCUAACAGCUUUGGGUCCAGGGCUUUUAAAUGUAAUGCUUUUCUGGAUGGAGUUCAACAAGCUUCUUUUGAAUCAUUUAGAGAGAGGGAUUUAAAAGACACUUCAGUGUUGAAGCAAGCAAAAAGCACAGUGUGUGUGUGUGUGUGUGUGUGUGUGUGUGUGUGUGUGUGUGUGUAAGUGUGUGCAAGUGUGUUUUCUUCAAGUGGCAGCCCUAAGUGAUGUCAAUCUCCUCUCGUUGAGAAGCUGCAGCUGUGUG